AGGGUCGAUAUACAUUUGAAAGGGUGUUCCCGCUCCUCUCGUUCUCUCUCUGUAAUCAUCUUUUUUGGUGUCCCGGCUCACUUUAUCAACCGGCUCGUCUAGGUUGACAGAGCAGAGGUCGCCCUGUUUCCAGAGCUGGUCACCGGUGGGAGUACCUGCACACAGGUGAGGGUGUGGUCUCUUCCCGACAGAGGUCAGGUACUACUUUGUUGCACUGAAGAGAGAAGGAAGAAAUCAAUCCAGAUAGAUUUGUGAGUGUACUCAGAUGGUAGAGGAGCAUUUUGUGUCUGGGCUGUUUGACAGAUAAGAGCGGGAGUUUAGUUUGAAAUAAUUUCUCAGACUUUAAUUGUUUUCUAAAUGUUUUUUUUUUUGGAGUCAUCUCAAUUUAAACUCACAAAAAUAAGCAUAUUGAGUAUAUUUAUAUACUUAUAAGUAUAUAUUGUACUUUUAAUACUUAUUCCAGAUCACAGGUAAGUGUAUCUAUCAUCCUGAAGACCGCAAUGAACAGGACAUUUGAACCAUUUGGAUCAGGCUCUCUGCUUGUAUUUCACAAUUUUAAAAGUACAACAAAAUGGGAGAGUUAAGAUCCACUGUUGGUAUAUAAUGUCUCAAGAUACCUUCCAUAUGUCUGAAUGAUUUCUCUCAUGCAGAGCUUUUUAUUAUUUUUCUCAAUUUUUUUGCCCUAACUUUUGCCAUAAUUUUUCUCCCUUUUAUCACCGUCUGUCGAGAGAGAAUUUUAGUGGAGUUGUCAGCUGUCUAGAACUCUAAAAUGCAAUCUGUGUAAAAAAGAAAAUUUGCACCAUGAGCCCAUGAAAAAUACAGUUUUGUAGGUAUGUGUUUAUUAUGCAAUGUGUUUCUAUUGCACAAGAUCACAGUGGUUAAAAUUAAAGUUUUUCACUGCACUGUUACUGAAGAGAAGGGUGUGACCUAAAGAUAAGAGUCUUUUUGCUCUUCAGAGCUCCUUUUUAAACUCUCAACGGCUAAUUGACUAUCUGUCCUGAGCUCUAUAGAGAUGGUAGAUGGCGGUAUCUUAAUUAGGUGCAAAGAAUAGACUGAACACCUCCAAAGUAAAACACUAUGAUUGCCUGAUGAAGAUAGUAUAAAGAUGUCCUGCUGUGGUUUAGCCUAUGCAUGAUAAAAAUGUGGUUCUCAGCAUUUCUAAUAUAGUUUUAUUCUUUAUGAUUAUGAUAUACUUGUUUUUGUCUUUUUCUUAUUCUGUUAGUUCUUGUCUCUCUGAGGUGAUGCAUGAAAGCAGCUGAGACUUGAAGGGCAGACAUCAACAAUAAUGGAAAACGCUUUCAGCUUUGAUGAGGUUGGUCUCCUUUUGCUUCAACAUUUCAUUAUUGAAACAUUAUUUUUAUUCUAAAGCCUUAGUGACUACUGAUUACAAACUUCCGAGGAACAUCAUAGAAAAUUGCACUGAAAAACAAUCAUGGACCAUAAGGAGUAUUUAUGGUUGUCAAGAUCCUCUACGGAAGAAAUGUGUCAUAAAGAUAUGAAGUAGAAUUGAUCUUGGUAAAUUGGUCCAAAUUGAAAUACAUUUUGAUUAUCUAUUUUUCACCUUAUUGUUCCAUUUUCAUCUAAAUUUCUGUUCCCAUUUCUUUGCAAUCUCACCCCGUUUCAGGGCAGUGAAAUGUCCUUUGAAGAAAAUGACUCAGCCUUCCCCUCUCCAGUGAGACUGUGAGUGCAGACUGUUCAGUUUUUAGCUGGAAACUGUUUACCUCCUUUGCCUCUGUGUAUAUGUACUACCUAUGUGCUCCUGCGAUGUGAACACCCUUUACGAAGCAGAUAAGGUGUCAGGUAUUUCACUCAAGAGACGGUGGAGUCAAGACCUAAGAUAAAAACAAAAAAAAGCAGAGUGAGAGAAACACAAAUUCAGAUUGAGUCUCUGUUGAGUGACCCAUGCUGUCUGUUCGUGACAUGUCCACUCUUAAAACCUGUUUUGGUGAUACCAAAACCUUAAAUGGAGAUUUAGGGUCAGGGUUAGCCUGAAAUCACAUUAGGCCACACUCAAAUAACAUUCCCUUAAAUUUACCAAACUAAGAGAUAUGUCAGACUUUUAUAAAUAACUUUACAAUCGAGGGAAAACAAUCAGAUAAGGCUCCCCCAAUCCUUUAAAAGGGAGAGUAACUUUCAAUUGAAGUUAAUAUACUCGAAGUCUAAUCUCAGGGUGGGAGCUGUCUUGGCCCAAGCAACCGCUGAUCGAAGAUAGACUGAACACGGUUGCCCUCUUGUGGCCACAGAGAGAAUAGCAUAAAGAUCUAAAUGAGUUCACCAGCCCUGUGCUUGAAUUGACUUGAAGACAUUUGGCAUCCAUGAUACCAGCUUGAAAGCUCAUUCAACUCUUAGGCACAUUAACACUAUUGUGUUUUUUUUAAUACUGCAGAACCUCAACCUUCGUUCAUGUUGAUAUUUCUGCUUCCACACAUAACUAGGACCUCACCAGGCCAGAGCAACAUCUAUGACCUGAACAGAGGGGAGGAGGAGGAGGAUGAGUCCCCUGAGGAAGCCAUUGUCAUCCCCAGUUAUCCAGAGGGUGGGUUUGCAUCCAGGGCCAUUCAGCUGGUUUUGGUUUGAGAUUUUGUGCAGAGCAAAAAAAAAAAAAAGACAUUUCUGUCUCUUAUUUCAGCUUAUCUAAACCUGAACACAAAUGCCACCACAAGAGGGGACGCUCAAGUGAGUGGACACUGAGCAGAUAUUAAAGAUCAUCACUGUAAACCUACAAUAUAUCCUGGUGUGUUCACUCAUUUUCAUAUUGACUUUCCACAGGCCUAUGUGGAGCUGAAUGAGCUUCAGGAAAACACUUGGCAGGAGACCGCCCGCUGGGUUGGCUAUGAGGAGAACUUUGACCCUGCCACUGGAAAAUGGGGCUCCUCUCAUGUCUCCUAUCUCACCUUUAAGAGCUUGAUCCAGCUCCGCAGGACCAUGACCUCAGGUAACCCUGAAAUUAUGUCAAAGUUUGUUUCAAAGUAAAAUCCUUUAAUUUGAUGAGCAGCUCAAAGCAAACUGAAACGUCCUCAGGUGCUGUCAUCUUUGACCUGAACGCCAGCAAUCUGUCUACUGUGGCUGAGAAAGUGGUGGAUGAGCUUCUGAACAAGGGGGAGAUCCGCUCCGGUGAUCGGGAUGGGCUGCUCAGAGCUCUCCUCAUGAGACGCAGGUACCCCACAACACCCAUUCUCUCUCUCUCUCUCUCUCUCUCUCUCUCUCUCUCUCUCUCUCUCUCUCUCUCUCUCUCUCUCUCUCUCUCUCUCUCUCUCUCUCUCUCUCUCUCUCUCUCUCUCUCUCUCUUUCGAGAUGACAGCCUUGCAGAAAAACAAUUCACAGCAUAACUAUUAGCUCAUGUGAUCUGCCCUUACAGUCAGACUGGAGCACCUGAUGUUACUGGCUCUGGAGCCAUUGAGAUGCAGACUUUUUCUGUCACCAAGAAGGUAUGCUGUUAUAACACACACUUUUGUAACAUUUAUCAUUUGAUGCCAUUUAGAUAACACCACAACUGCACUUGUUUUCUUUGUAGAGGGACAGCGCUGACAACAUGGAGGCCUCAAUUGUCCUCUCAGGUAUUUUCCCUUAUUCAGAUGCUGUUUUGUGGUUCAAAGUUUUUGCUCUGAAGCUGAGAAUAAAAAAAAACAUUUCCUUCUACAGGUACCUUGGACGCCCUGCAGAAACCGGUGGUGGCUUUUGUAAGGCUCAAAGACUCUGUGGUGAUGGAGUCUUCCCUAGAGUCUCCUGUCCCUGUGCGCUUUGUCUUCAUGAUGGUGGGGCCCAGCCAGAGCGGCAUUGACUACAGUGAGAGUGGGCGCGCCAUGGGUGCUCUGAUGGCUGACUGGGUGAGAGAGGACAGACCAUUAAAGCUACACAAAUGGCCAAAUACAGGGUGGCCUUUUUUCCCUGAUAACAUGCUCAAAGAAGGAAGCUCAAAUGCUGUUAAAUGAUUGUCUUUUACUGGAGAAGAACUCGUUUGAUAAAUAAUUUUCAUUUUACUAUAUACAAGAGUUGAAAUGAUAAUAGACAGCAUAAACCACAUCUUUGUUGUCCAGUGUGUCAAAUCCUAUCAACAAAACGGCUCUUCUUCUCUGUAGUAGUCUAGUUUAAUCAGUUUUUGACAUUUCUGCACCCACAGGUGUUCUGCCUGGAAGCCUUCUUAGCACAGACUGACAAAGAUCUGACCAAUGCUAUCGCUGACUUUAUGGACUGCAGCAUUGUGAUCCCUCCAACUGAGAUCCAGGAUAGGGGGAUGCUUGAGCCAAUCAUCGAGUUCCAGCAGAAGAUGCUGCGUGACAGAGUCCGCCCAGCUGACAGCCGUCUCGCCUUUGGGGACAGGCUCAAAGGUCAGCUGUCAGAUAUCUUUGCAUUGUGCUUGAAGGUCAGAAGAGUGGUUCAGGUUUGCCUGUAGGCCCUCUCAAGUCAUAUUAAGACACUUUCCUAUUCAGGUGUUUAGAUACACACCCUAUUGAUAGUCUAUUGAGCACACAAAGUGCUAUUCAAUUCAAACCACUGAAACAUAUAUAAUAUUAAAAUAUAAAGUUUUUUAAAACAAGGCAAAAGGAAUAAUAACCACAUGCAUAAAACUUUAUCUUUGAAUCACCAAAAAUGUAGACUUGCUAUGGUAGAAAACAAAGUCGAUAUUAACGUUUGAUAUGUGCAACUGUCCAGCUGAUAAACCACCCGAGGAGCCGCGAGAGGACCCUCUGGCUCGCACAGGCUAUCCAUUUGGCGGUAUGGUAAAGGACAUAAAGCGUCGUUACCGCCACUACAUCAGCGACUACACAGACGCUCUGAACCCCCAGGUCCUCGCUGCCGUUAUCUUCAUUUACUUUGCCGCCCUUUCCCCGGCCAUCACUUUUGGAGGACUUCUGGGUAAAAAAAGAAAAAAGAAAAGAAACAUAUGUGUCUUCAUUUAUCUGCAGGAGUUUCCAACUUUGAGGUUUACUCCUGUUGUUUUUGUUUUUACCUCAGCUGACAAAACAGAAAAAAUGAUGGGUGUGUCAGAGCUCAUGAUCUCCACCAGCAUCCAGGGUGUCAUCUUCUGCCUCAUAGCCGCCCAGCCAGUCCUCGUCAUCGGCUUCUCUGGACCACUCUUGGUGUUUGAGGAAGCUUUUUACGCUGUACGUACAGUACAACUCAAACUGCUCACAAAUCAGUCAAAAUAGAACAGUUUUUUCUUUUAACACCUAUCUUUAUUCAUUUCAUGUUACUGUAGUUCUGCAAGACACAGGGCAUUGAGUACAUUGUGGGGCGCAUCUGGGUGGGGAUGUGGCUGAUAGUGAUUGUGAUCAUCAUCGUGGCUGUGGAAGGCAGCUUUCUGGUCAGAUUCAUCUCCCGCUUCACCCAGGAGAUCUUCUCCAUCCUCAUUUCACUCAUCUUCAUCUAUGAGACCUUCAAUAAGCUCUUCAAGGUUUCCCUAAUUUCUUCCCAUCAUCCAUGUCACACAAAUAAACCAUUUCAUCAUCAGUGUAUCUGCAUUCUUUUGUCUCUCAUUUUGCUUCCAUCUAACUUGUUUUCUGUCUCUACUCAGAUUUUCAAAGCCCACCCUCUGAUCCUGAACUACGACCAUCUGAACGACACAGCGGACAAUCCCUUCCACCCGGUCGUCAAGGAGCACAAAGAGUUCCACCCAGAUGGAAAUGUAACAGUUCUAGAGCUGGAGAUUGAAAGGCCCUACCCCAACACUGCCCUUCUGUCCAUGUGUCUGAUGUUUGGUUGCUUCAGUAUCGCGUUCUUCCUCCGCCAGUUCAAGAAUGGUCAUUACCUCCCUGGCUGGGUAAAGUGACAUCUGUGUGUGUUUCUGAGUCUGGGGUAAUAUUGUAAUAUUGCUUGUUUCUCAGAUAAAACACAAUGAACACUUGAAGAAAAUGCCAUGUCAUAAUCAUACAUUAAAAGAGCAUUUCACUCCUUUUGCAACCAGAGGAGUCACCUCCUACAGGCCUAUGACAUUCACUUACACUGACCUCACUUUUCAAACCCAAAGCCUACAGGUCCUCAUCCUGUUUACUGUAAGAGUUUGUUUAGUUGUCAGACCGAUGUUCUAUUGACAAAAAAAAUCAGCUUUUGCAUUUUAACCGUGGUGUGGUGCUCUUUGUUCUUGUUUCACCAGCUCCGUCGCUUGAUUGGAGAUUUUGGUGUCCCCAUUGCCAUUUUCUUCAUGAUUGCUGUAGACAUCAGCAUUGAGGAUGCUUACACUCAGGUAAGUGCUUUGCAAAGGUUAGAAAAUCCCUUAGUCAAAUGUAUCUGAUGACUUAGUAAUUCUGUGCCCACACUCCCAAAAAUUAUGUUGGUUCAGCUCCAUUUUUAAUUUAUAAUCUUGAGGAUGAGAUUUGCUCAAAUUAGGAUUAACAGCAAUUGCAAAAAAAGAGACACAACCUUGUUGCAUGGCAAGAGGGAAGGAGGCUUCCAGAAUGCUGGGCUCUGGGAUGCUGGGGAGGGCCUUAAAGGGACAGUGCCUGGAAUGAUGCCGGAAAUAUGUGAAGACUUUGUUCAACAGUGAAACAUGUAAAGCUGCUAAGAAGCUAUCAGAGGGGCAUUAUAAAAACAAACAAAUCAGAUCAAUACCCCCUUUUUAAUGUAACAGUAGAUUGUAGGAGUCGUUCUAGUAUUUCGAGUAAAAUUUCAAAGCACAUUUUUGUAAUCCAUGUAUGACUGCAAACAUCUGGACUAUGGGGAUCAUAGCAGAUUUACCGACAUGUGUGUUAAAGUCAGAGACGCAUUAGUAUAAGAGGACGGUGUAAAUGUCCAGGGUCGUAGAGAGGGGUUUGAAGUAUGUAUGAGUUUCAAAAUCACAGUGAAAAUUUCAGAGUGAAAAGCAAAAGCCAUGCAUUGUUUUGUGCAAAGGUAUUAAUGUAGCUCUGUAUAAUUUUACCUCAGGGUUGGAUAUUAUACUUUUCAUGUUAAAUUUGCGAAAUCUUACAGAAAUAAGUGUCAGAAUAUUGAAAUACUUCAGUGCAGUUUUUCCCACCACCGUCUGGUAGACUGUGACUGUAGGGAGUAAGCAUUGAUAGACCAAAAUAUUUCUCCAUUGGUAUUUUUCUUCCAAUAUUUAACAGUAUGUAUUUAACAGUUUCUAAGCAUUCUUGGGUUAGUAAAUGUGCACUCUCCUCCUGUCCAUAAAAAUGAAUAUAUAGCUUCUUUCGCUGCUACCGUAUCUUUCUAAAAACCCACACAAUGUCCAGUCAUCAAAACUAUGAAAGAAAUGCUGUAUCUACCUUUCUAUAAUUUGCUGGUGAUAAAUGAGCUGACUGAGUUCCACCUUGUCUCCUUGCAGAAACUGGUUGUGCCAAAAGGUGUUGAGGUGACAAACCCCCAAGUCAGAGGCUGGUUCAUUAACCCUAUGGGAGAAAAGAAGGAUUUCCCUUACUGGAUGAUGGGAGCCUGCUGUAUCCCAGCACUGCUAGUCUUCAUCCUCAUCUUCCUGGAGUCCCAGAUUACCACGUGAGUAAUUCUAUGAGUAAUGUCACUGGAGACUGAAAUAUGAGUUUUUUUGGAGUUAAGAGAUUUCCUUUGCUCUGUGAAUUUUAAGGCUGAUUGUGAGCAAACCCGAGAGGAAAAUGAUGAAAGGCUCUGGGUUUCAUUUCGACCUGCUUCUCCUGGUCACCAUGGGGGGCAUCUCCUCUAUUUUUGGGGUGCCCUGGCUGAGUGCUGCCACUGUGCGAUCCGUCACUCACGCCAAUGCCCUCACUGUCAUGUCCAAAGGCCCAAAACCAGAGAUUGAGAGCGUUAUAGAGCAGAGGAUCAGUGGGAUUCUUGUGGCCAUCAUGGUUGGUGAGUGCUGCCAUCUACUGUGUGUCAGCAGACACGUCAGGAUGCAGGUUUAAAUCAUCUUUUGCUUUUCAUAAUCAACCCCUUUUACUAUCUCUAGGUGUUUCUAUUUUCAUGGAGCCAAUUCUGAAGAUGAUUCCCAUGACAGCCUUGUUUGGUAUUUUCCUCUACAUGGGUAUUACCUCUCUGAGUGGAAUACAGAUGUGGGACAGGAUGCUCCUGCUGAUCACACCAAAGAAAUACCAUCCUUCUGACGCUUAUGCCACAAAGGUAUGCAAACUGUGGCCAAACAACCAAGAUCUUUACCGCUGGAGAUUAGUCCUUCUCAAAGCAGCAUCACUUCUACACAUCUGGAAGGAUGUGCACACUUUGUAACCACACUGCUUUCCAAACUAGAAAGCAGAAAAAUGAAAAUUUAAGAAAUUGAGAAUGAAUUGAAAACUUGGGGGGUUACACUUUGUCAUCUUUUUUAAAUUUAAACUCUGGUGUAUUUAGGUGUCUUGGUUUCUCAGUGUCCAUUUCUUAUUUUUUUUUUUGUUUGUUUCUUAUAUUGUAAAGUUUUGCAUGUUUUGCACAAGACAAUCUCAGAGACUUCCUAUCUCCCCUUAUUUAUGCAUGUUCCAUCCCUGGACAAUCAUUAUCCUAUUAUCUGUUUUUUACUAAGCAAUCUCGCCAAUGUCAUGUAUCUUCAGCUCAUGAUUAUCUUACUAAUGCCCUCUUUUGUUCCAUGCAGGUGAGCACAUUACGCAUGCAUCUCUUCACUUUCAUCCAGCUCAUCUGCCUGGCUGUCCUCUGGAUGGUAAAGAUCAGUGCUUUCUCCCUGGCUCUGCCCUUUGUUCUCAUUCUCACGGUACCUCUACGGAUGGUAAUGACUGGCACACUCUUCACUGUCCGGGAGAUGAAAUGUGUAAGUACCUCUUUAUGCUCACCACUGUUUUAACUUCAUCGGGUUAGCUGAGAUGUGGAUUUCCGGGAUGUAACUGGAUGUGUUUGUGUUGCAGUUGGAUGCAGAUGAUGCUAAAGUGGUGCUUGAAGAGGACGGUGAGGACGUGUAAUACCUAUAAUUGCAACAAAGAACACCACUUGAGUCAUUUUUAUUCACCAACAUUCAACUGAAAUUAAAAAAAAAAAAAAAAAACAGUUGGCAAAUAUUGUCAAAAUAUCUAACAUAGCUGUUUGUGACCAUCAGCUUAUACAGAUUUAAGCUAUUCUCUGUUUUUAUUGUUCAUGAAAAAGUACCUCUCAUAUCUAGAACUCAUUCAUUAUUUCUGUUUGUGGACCAACUUAUGUAUCUACAACAAGAGCCCUUUAGCUUUUCACAAUUAUUUCUCAUAAUCAUCUUUUGUCAUUGAAUUUCUGAGGACUUCACCUCUGUUUCUUACUUCAGGCUUUUUACUUACUUUUCUGUUGCGUUACAAGCAGAAAAAACACUUUAUGUCUUUACAUGAGCAUUAUUUUACCGUAAUAUGUGUGAUUAGUUUAUUAAUAAUGUACUAGUGUUUUACAAUAGCUUGACAGUGCCUGACAUUGAGUCAUAAUGUUACAAUUCCCUUCAGCCAUUCCAAAUAAAACUACUUUUAUGAAGAAAACCUGAUCUUUUUUAACCUUCUUCACAGAACUGACAAUGUUUUGUGUUUGCGGGAUUAUCACACCAGCCUUUUCCACAUACAGAAGCCUUUGUUCAUUCUCGAAAUAUGUUUUGAAUUGUGGUGCUCUAGUUUGCCUCAUUUGACAUAUUAUGUAUGGAUUACUGAACAAUCUGGUCCUUUCUGCUCAGCUGACCUGUUUGGAUUAUGUAUAUUAUUAUGUCUAUUAACUUCAAUUUUACUUUUAUGUGUGUAUUUGCUUCUUUGGUUCUGAAAUAGUAUGAGCCGUAGUGGAUAGAUAGUGGAAAAAUAAGAAAUAUAUGUUUUGACUGAUUAUUUUACUUCUAUUUUGAUCUGGAAAAAUUCUGUUGUAAAUCAAUCUGUUGUCUUUUUGUGUUGUCUGGCAUGUCUUUGUUUGCUUGAAACAAUAUACAUGCCAUGGAGUUCCAUUUUAUUUAAAAUAAAAAAACAACCUGAAUGUAU